AUGUCAUUAAGCUAUUCGUCCUAUUAUACUUUUCUUUAUCUUGUGUUUAUUCUCAAUCAAUUACCAGUCCUGACAACCAAUAAUCGUCCCACAUUUGAUCCUCAAUUGCAUUUCACAAAAGACUAUUCAAGAUAUUCAGAUUUAUCAACUGGUCUUCCAGCGUCUCAACAACUAAUUGAACAAACAUUAGAUUUGAAAAAAGAAGAUUUACAAUCAAAAUUUCGAACAUUAUCUAAAACUAAUAUUAAUUUAGAAUAUUUAAAUUUUGUUAAAUUAAAUUCAAAAGCUAAAUUGCAUCCAACAGCAUGCAUAGCAUUAAAUGUAAUCGAACAGUUGCAAACAGUUGAAUGUUUACAGCAACAAUUGAAAUUAACAUUUGAUACACAAGCAAAUGCUCAAUUAACUUAUACUAAAUGGUUAUCACUAAUAAGCAAAAUUAAUUAUAUUAAUGGUGGCAAAGAAUGGGGAUGUAUUAAUGUGACAACACAACAACCAGUUGUAAUUAUGAAACGAAUUGUACAUCAUACAAUGGAAUUAAUCAAAAAUCAAAUAACAAUCAAUGUAACCAACGAAACUAAUAUUAGUCCAUUAGUUUGUUUUUCAAAUUUAACAAUGAGUAUGGCACUGGAGCAAAUGAAACCAAAAAUAAUACAAACAACGACAACAACCACAAAGACUACCGAAAAAUCAACGCCACUAUCUCCUAAAGUUACAACAAAUACAACAAAGAUCAGUUCGUUAGUUAGCAGCAGAAGAGUGAGCUUAAACAACAAUUUAAUAUUCAACCGUGUAAAACGUUUUCUUUUUUCACAACUUACACCUCUUUUACCACCACCUGGACAAAUUUAUUUUCCUGGUCAAUCUAUUAGUAUAGCAUGGUCAAUAAAAAAUAUCGAUGCAUCGAAAUUUUUAACAGUCAAAUUAAAACGUACUAGACUCGGAUUGGACAAAGAAAUAGACGAAUUUACAGUAAAAGCUGGUCAAGGAAAUUACCAGUAUACAAUACCGCCAAAUCUAGAAACAGCCAGCACCGAUGAUUAUUAUUUUAAAUUCGAGUGUUCAGUAUGCGUAGACGACACAAGCAAUAGUUUUCGUAUACCAACAAAACCUACAAUAAUUCCCGGUUCAGAACCGGCCGAAAAUGAUAUUUAUUAUCCAGGUGACCAAAUUACAUUUAAUUGGACUAGUGCUGCUUUCGAUCAAUCACAAACAGUCACUGUUAGCUUUAAACGUAAGCGACUUGGAAUUGAUGAAAUAAAAGACUCAUUCACAGUUUUAGCAACGAGUAACGCUUACAACUAUACAAUUUCACCGGAUUUAGACAUUUCGUCUAACGACCAAUAUUAUUAUUUCCAGUUUGAUUAUUGUUCAGACUUGUCUGCAUCUCUGUUCAAUAUAGAUGAUUGUAAACCUACAACAAAUACGUUUUAUGUUCCAACGAAGCCCUACAUUCAGCCAAUCCUACCGUCAUUUGGUGAUUAUUUUUAUCCCAAUCAACAAAUAACAAUAUCAUGGUUUUCGGCAAAUUUUGAUGAUAAUCCACCUCUUAAAAUACAGCUUAAAAGAUAUAGUUUCACAUAUGACUCAGAUGAGGGUGAUGAAUUUACAUGUGAUACAAAAUCAGAUAGUUGUCAGUUUGUACUUCCAUCAGUUAAUCCGUCAAUUGAUGAGUAUUAUUUCGAAUUUAACUGGUGUCGUCAUUGGUAUAGUAUGUACUGUACAACGAAAGGUAACCGUUUUUCUAUGCCGAGCCAUGGUAUAGGCUCGUGGAAUUAUAAUCCAGUAACAGGUCAAGCAAACCAACCAUACACUUUAUUACAUAAGGAUUGUUCAAACAUAUGUUCAGACCCAACAACAUUAGACGGAAUAUGUCGACUAUGUAACGACAAGCGUCCACGUGUUGGCAUCAAUUUAACUUGUAGUAACUGUUAUAUAAUUUACGAUUAUAGUCUUGUACAAAUGGAUUUAGUUCGGAAAGAUGGAUCAUUAUCGUUUGGUCAUUUAGUAACAGAAAUAUAUAUGAAAUCAACAAUCAAUUUGGAUCUAUCAUUAAGCGCCAGUUAUACAUUAAUAACCAAAGGGACUCUUCAAAUCUUGAACCGUCUGACAUUAGUUGGCUACUCAUUUAGUAUUGCUUCAGUCUCAUUUGGGAUUGAUGUUGGAGUUGAAAUGGAAAUACCGUGGUCUGUUCAACUGGAUGCUAUCGGAUCUUUAACAGCUGGCAUCCAGUAUCAACUGGAUACAAAUAUAACAUUAUCUGUAGAUGAUCAAAAUAAGCAAACAACAAAUGUUCAAUACAAUCUAGAGAAAAUAUAUCAUCCUGUUAGGGCUAAUUUUCAGGCUGAUUUGAUUAUUGAUGUUGCAUUUAAACCAUCAUUAUCAAUACAAGCACUCGUGUUUGAUAUUGGUAUAACAACUGAAGGUUACUUAACAUUUGAAAAUCAAUUUCGUUUUCCACCAUUUUCUCCGAUUCCAUCUAAUCAGUUUAAUUGGAAUCAACAAAAACCGUCACUGUUUCAUUUAUCCUAUCCUAAUGAUUCAUGUUCAUCUAAGCAUUUCAUUGAAUAUCAUAUUGAAUUUGGUAUACGUCAUACGGUACUCUAUUUAAGUAUAGAUAUCCUUGAUCAAAUACCAGCAUUUAUCGAAAGAUUUGUCUUAUAUUUCGAAACACCAAGUUUCCUUGACUUAGGUCCAUAUGAGUUAGUUGGUGGCUGUCUAUUUAAAGCACCUCAAAAUGAUUUUUUCCAAUCAUUAGAAUUAUUUUUGAAUAAUCCACUUUCAUCUGAUCAGCAAUCGUCGAUAUAUUUUUCUAGAUCAAUUAUUUAUGAUCUGUCACAAUCAUUGCAGAUACCAGAAUCAAGAAUUUAUUUUAACACUUCGUAUCCCUAUUACGAUCAGUCGACAAAUACACAGUUAACUGUUGUGUCUAUAUCAAUAUUACCAUCCCCUACACAAAACAUAACAGAUCCAGAUGUAAAUAGUCUAGUGCAAAAUCUGAUCAUGCAAGAAAUGAAUCAAAACUCAACAUUGUAUUCAGGUAUUUUUACAAGCUCGUUAGUACAACAACAAACAAUACAAUCAGAUAUUAAGAACAGUUUAAUGACAUCAUCAACAACUAUUCCAUCACAAAUUACUCAGGUUACAACUAUCAACAACAUUUUAACAAAUAAACUCAGUCCAUACCCAUACACUUCGUCAACGCCAUCGAUACUUCUAGUUUCUACAGUUGCGAAAAACGCCACAUCUUCCUUUAUUAGUAAUACAGUUUCAGAUCUUUUCCAAAAACUUUCAUCUACAAUUGUAACCACUUCGGCUCCCACAAGCAUAUCACUAAAUUCGUCAUCUGCUUUUAAAACCAGUACCUAUUCUUCUUCUGCUACAGCAUCAACAAACAUAUACAGUAACUCAUCUGUUUCCGAAUCUACGUUUAAUCAGCUAUCACAAAUUUCAACAUUCACUUCUCAACAACAUCCUUUUGUCACCUCGAGUACAGUAUCGAGAGAACAGCAGCAAAUCACGACCGCUAUACUGCGACUUUCCUCGCAGUCUUCUGCUUUGGUAACUUCUUCGACAAAAAAUUCUGCAUUUACCUCCAAUGCAAUUGUGUAACAACAAAUGACAAAUACGGCUACGCCAACGACAAGUAUAAGAGACACCUCUAUGGCAUCAAGUCAAAGAACCUCUUCCAUAAAACAAAAUCUUCCACUAUCAACGCUCAGUAUCUUUUCACAAUAUCAACCAUCUACAACAGUCUCAUCCAAAGGUGCAUCCCAAUCUUCUGCUAUGGCAAUUUCUUCGACAAAAAAUUCUGCACUUACCUCCAAUGCAAUUGUGCAACAACAAAUGACAAAUACGGCUACGUCAACGACAAGUAUAAGAGACACCUCUAUGGCAUCAAGUCAAAGAACCUCUUCCAUAAAACAAAAUCUUCCACUAUCAACGCUCAGUCUCUUUUCACAAUACCAACCAUCUACAACAGUCUCAUCCAAAAGUGCAUCACAAUUCUAUGCAUCAACAUCACAGUCAACAAAUACAACCUUAUUUGCCUCGCAGUCUUCUGCUAUGGCAAUUUCUUCGACAAAAGGCUCUACACUUAGCUCCACUGCAAUUGUGCAACAGCAAAUGACAAAUACGUUUACGUCAACGACAAGUAUAAGAGACAUGUCUACGGCAUCAAGUCAAAGAACCUCUUCCAUAAAACAAAAUCUUCCACUAUCAACGCUCAGUCUCUUUUCACAAUACCAACCAUCUACAACAGUCUCAUCCAAAAGUGCAUCACAAUUCUAUGCAUCAACANAAAAUCUUCCACUAUCAACGCUCAGUCUCUUUUCACAAUACCAACCAUCUACAACAGUCUCAUCCAAAAGUGCAUCACAAUUCUAUGCAUCAACAUCACAGUCAACAAAUACAACCUUAUUUGCCUCGCAGUCUUCUGCUAUGGCAAUUUCUUCGACAAAAGGCUCUACACUUAGCUCCACUGCAAUUGUGCAACAGCAAAUGACAAAUACGUUUACGUCAACGACACACAGUGGGCAACUAAGCGGACAUUAGGCCAAAAAGUCGAUUUUAUCUAUCUUGAAAUACAAAUAGUGCAAAAUGUAGCUCUUGAAAUUCUCUAUCGAAUGGUGUAUAAACGUCUAUUGUGAACUGAAAUGUUCAAGGAGAAAAACACCUUACAAAAAACACGAGUAUUAAAGACAUCUAUACGAAAACCUUGAUUGUUCUGCCACCGUCUUAACUAAAUAAGUUUUAAAGCACAUAUUUGGAAUCAG